GAUGGCUUCGGUUGAAAAGGAGACACUGUCCCAAGAUGAACUCCGGAAAAGGCUCUAUCAGACUUUUAAGAACCGAGGUGUACUGGACACGCUUAAGACACAGCUCCGAAACCAGCUAAUCCAUGAACUAAUGCACCCAAUUUUAAGUGGAGAACUUCAGCCACAGGCUGUUCCAAGUGAUGGCAGUUCACUUUUGAUCACAGCUUCCAACAGUUUGGUGGCAGAUCAUCUACAGAGAUGUGGCUAUGAGUAUUCACUUUCUGUUUUCUUUCCAGAAAGUGGAUUAGAGAAGAAGAAUCUGUGGACUAUGCAAGAUCUUCUUCGGUUUAUGAGGAUUAAUCCAAAAUCCAGUCUUUACAAAUCACUGACUUCGGGAACUCAGAAGGACAAUAAAGGUUGUCUUAUGCAGAUUUUAAUUGGACUUACCGAGCAUCAUCUAAGUAAGGAAACUCAUGACACAGACACUCAGACAACCUCAGCACCUCCUUACAGAGAAUCUCUUGCUGAGAAGCUUCAGCUGAUUGAUGAACAGUUUGCAGACUCUUAUCCCCAGCAUCAGAAAUACGAAUCUUUAAAAGUAAAACUUCAUGAAUAUAGAAAAGAAAUAGAGAAGCAGCUUCAAGCAGAAAUGUGUCAAAAGCUAGAACAUUUUAAAGAAGUUGAAAUAGCGAAGAUUAAAAUGGAGGAGAAAGUGCAGACCCAGAAAGAAAUCUCUGAGCUGCGUCAUGAGUUAGAGAGGACACAUCAAGCAAAGUCUGAAGCCUUAAUUUCUCGUGAAAAGAAUGCUAUUGAGAGGCUUCAAAAGCAACAAGAGAUAGAAGCAAAGGAAGUAUACUCUCAAAGACAAAGUCUACUGAAAGAUAUUGAAGUCAUAAGGACCAGAGAGGCGGAACUGAAGCAAAGAAUUGAGGCAUUUGAAGUUACUCAAAAACUUCAGGAAGAGAAAAAUAAAGCUAUUGAUGAUGCACUUCGACGUCGGGAGGUUGCUGUGAAGAACAUAGAGGAGACAUAUGACCAAAAGCUUCAGACGGAACUCUUAAAGUAUCAGCUUGAAUUAAAAGAGGAAUACAUAGCCAGAACCAAUAAAGUUACUGAAGAUGAGAAAAAAAAUAAAGAGAAAGCUAUGCUUUUGCAUGAAGAAGCCAUUGCUGUUAAUUCAAAAAAGGAGGAACUGAAGCAAGCUAAAUCACGCACGAAAGAGCUUGAGCUGGAUUUGGAGUCAGUGAAGGCCCAGGUUCUGUUGGUAAAUAAACAGAAUCAGUUGUUGACAGAAAAACUGAAAGAGUUAUCGGACUAUCCUUUGCUAAAGGAGGAGAAAUUGGAGCUCCAAGUGCAGAAUAAACUACUUAGGCAACAGUUGGAUGAGACUCGCAGUGAGAACCAGCAUCUUCGAGACAAACUGUCUCAGCCCUCAGCGGAGCACCUGGCCUGCCAAGUGGAGCUGAGGAGAGUGGAACAUUCUAGGAAGUUGGCGCUGGAUGAAUUUGAAAGUCAUAGGCAUAUUUUGGAAAAGCAGCUACAAAGUGAGGUUGAGCGUUGUGCUCAGUUAAAGACCCAGCUGUUGGACUCCGAAGCUACUGUCAGGAAGUUAAAUGUGCAGGUUGAAGAACUGAAACUGCAGGUGAAGCAAACACAGGCAGCUCUGGAAAAUGAAGUGUAUCGAAAUCCAAAGCCUUCGCUUGUCGAUCGCUCUGUCCUUGACUUCACUGGUGACAGAAUGGUACCUCAUGAUAUUUAUGUGGAUAGCGCAUUCCUGAAGAAUCAGGUUGUGGCCGAUGUGAUGAAGGUAAACGCUGUGCCAAGAGUUGGCUAUCAUCAGCAGUUACAGCCACGCAGUGCUUCUCCAGAUUCUGACUUGGAGUGUAUGGCACAAACCCGGGCUAGAAUAAAAGAACUAGAAAAAGAGGCAGAGUAUUUGGAAGAAGCCUACAGGAACUACCAACACAGAGUGAUGAAGGAUGCGGCUGCAAGCAGAACGCCAAGAAAGAUGCAGUCCCCUUUACUUCUGCAGUGUGCUAUUAGUAGACCCCCCUUGACUACCCAGCAUGAACUUCCAGAGGAUAAUCCCAGCUCCCAGCAUUCCCCUCUGAGCAGUCCACAAGGUGAAAAAUACAUCAAAAGGAGUGAGCAGGUUGAUGUCUUUAAAAAUCCCUUAACACCACCACACAGAGGAGCGUCUUCCUCAAGACGCCUUUCUUCUACUCCUGUUUCCAAAUUGGAAAGAGAUCUCAGUAACAAGAAAAUUUCAGCUG